CUGCCACCAUCCACGCCCAAUUGAACCACCAUCUCUCGAAUAUUACCAGCGCAUAUACUGCGACUCCCGGCCACGAACCGUACAACUCACAGACCAUGCCAAUUACGCGUGACUGUGCUUUCCCGAUUCGGCUGUUUUGAUUUCGCCUCAAACUAAUUCACCAAGCUUGCCUACGGUCCCCCCUCAUUCCCGUCAACUUCGCCCUCCUGUUGUUAUUCACCUUCUUACUCGCCUUUUUGCCACAUUUGCAACGACUUCGACAAUUUUCAUCCUUCACCGACCGACCGCCUCUUCACAAUUGCAGCAAGCUCUUUGUCCGAACAAUAUUCUAUCAAUACUGGCACCAUGACUGGCGUCGUUGCGACCCAGCAGCGGGAAAUGGGGGACGAAGUUAUGAACGAUGUCGCUUUGCUUUCCCCGGAUGCCCCGCGUCUGAAUCCUGCUCUCGUUUAUUCACCCGGCGAUCCCAUGGACAUCAGUCCAAUGCCCGCCGCAAACCACCAGCGCCAGUUCGUCUUCGAGCAGCAACCUUCUCAACAUGGCUCACGGCGUGUCGAGCAAGCCACAAAUAAGACCUUUAACAACUCCCCCCGGCCCUCUUUUACGAAUGACCGCCCUGUUCUGAGCUCCACCGCUGGUUACGUCAAGCCUGACGGCAACGACAAUAACAACAAACCCUCAUCGGGGUUACCGAACCGCAGAACUAUCUUCCAACCCCAUCGUUUCUCCCCAAAAAAUCGCGCCUCUGUUAAACAAGGUCACUUGAAGCGUCUCCCGUUGGCCAUGCAGGCGAAGCUCGGUACUCCUUACAAGCCCGCCUUGGUUGGCAUGAAUCGCAACUUCCGAAUUUUGCCCACGUCUAACCGUCAGCCUGGCAUUCAGUCGAAUAAUAAUCACUUUACCCUGAAUGGAUAUCCUUCACUGGAACUCAAUCAUGUUCACGAUCUUCCAACUCUUGACCCCCCUGUCAAUCGGCAAUUGUUCAAACCUGCUCCUCCUAUACCCGCACUUACGAACUCGGCGACCGGUCCUGCUAGUGACGAGACUGCUGCGAAGCCUACUUCCGAACAGAAUACUGCUGCGGCUUCUGAACAAACUGCUAGCGGAGAUCCUCGCGAGCCAACCCGCGAAUUUUCCUUGCAGCGCACACCCCUCAUUAAAGGGAAAUUGAACGACAUCGAUAUCGAUCGCCCCGCGACUUACGUUAGCCCUAAGUACCGCAAACUAAGCCAACGUAGCUCAGAUCCCGCUACUACUUCACCCGCUCAUGAUUCUCAACAAACGACCUCUGCUCAAGAAAAGAGUCACUCCAACCUAUAUAAACAGCCAAGCCUUGCACACAUUAAUUCUUCUAAUCUGAUCUCACCUUUCAAACCCAACCUUUCGACCAACAAGACUCCACCGAUGGGAACAACAAACGAUUCCAAGCAUAAUGAAGCUUGGAAUGACAUGUUAGAGCUCCAGGAUGCUCUCCGGAAUCAGGUUACUUCACCGGAAUCGGCUUCCAAAACACAAGAACCAGUCAAUUCGACCCCUGCGCCGGAGCCCCAGGCCUUUUCAACCUCUUCACAGGAUGCCGUGAGUAUUCAAGCGCAAAGCUUGGAGGCCGGCCAAGAUGAACAACCAAAGGACGACACCUCCCAUCCUUCAUUUUCCUGGAGUAACCAACUCUGGGGAGCUACGCAGAGCGUUGUCGCCACUGCCAUUGCUCUUGCUGACACCUUCAAACGACGUGCCAUCGCUCUUUUUGAAGAGCCUCGUCCCCCCUCUCGUCGGACUAGCCACACCACUACUUCGAGCUCCCCGACCAGAGCAAAUUUGCGUAUGCUUCCAGAAGAGCAGCGUCGACGUCUGAAAAGCAACCAGUGGCGCAUAGACAGAGGCUUUCCGACUGUGCAGGACUAUCCUUUUCCGGAAUUAUCUCUUGAUACCCCCCAAUUCCAGGCUACAACCGAUGCCUUGCUGGAAGGUGAAGCUCCAAAACCAGUUACUCCCGACUUCAAGAAACCAAUCAGUAGCGAUGAGUCUUCUCGCAAACGUGGCAUUUUUGCGGUGACAGACGGCAGGCGGCAAAGUGCUAAAUCCGGGAUCAAUAAGAGGCACACGUUCCAGGCAUUGAGCCCGAAUAUCAAACGGCGAAUGAAUAUGCGCUCUGGAAAACGGAACAUUGCACGCACCCGACUAGACCGCUCAUUGGGACAUGCUGUCCAAACUGGUAAAUGGACUCUUGAUGAUCUACCCACAAAACCGAAAGGACCUGUCGCCCCAGUGCCGAAUCGUAAAAGGAGGUUGGAACUCGCCGCGACUGAAGCUGUCCGCCAGAAACGAGCUGCGCCAAAGAAAGUGCGAUUUGUACUUCAGUCUGCCCCUCCUGAUAACGAUCCGGCUCUCGUGGGCCAUCACCUGCAUCCUGGGCUUAUGAAAACAUUGGUUGAAGAGGAAAAGGAAAACGAACCUCCGAAGCACGUCGAAAGAGAACCUGAAGCUCCUGAUCCUGGUUUGCGCUCGUGGCUCCAAUCCGAUUUUCCAUUUGGAAGACCUGUGUCUGCUGUUCGUCUAUUUGCUCCCGGUGCCAAAGUUCCCCAGGGCCGUAGCGAAUCCAUCUUUGCUGUUGAAUGGCGUAAAAUUCAAGAGGAAGAAAAGGCCAAGCAGGUCCCCGCCCGGAUUCGUCCUGAGGGGCCCGCCGUUCGACCUCUCCCGCCGAAAUGGGAGGCUCGAUUGGCAGAAGCCAAGGCGUCCCCGGAAAAUCGCCAAAUUGCCACAACUUUGUCUGGAGACCCUUUGACCAAGAGGGACCUUGCCACCUGUUACACGCCUGCGAGGUGGCUCAAUGACGAGGUCAUCAACGCAUACCUUGCUAUUCUCAUUGAUUAUUUGCGGCGAGCCAAUGGCAAUGCAGGACGCCACGACAAGCCGAAAUUCCAUGCUUUCAACACGUUUUUCUUUUCGAACCUAAGGGACAAAGGCUACUCAUCCGUUAGCCGAUGGGCCAAGCGGGCGAAGAUCGGAGGAGAAGCCCUGCUUGAAGUCGACACGGUGUACAUUCCCGUACACAAUAGUGCCCAUUGGACUUUGAUGGUGGUCAAGCCGACCGAGAAAUCCAUAGAAUACUUCGACUCGCUGGGUUCCGCUUCGCCUCAUCAUGUGGCCAUAGUCAAGGACUGGCUGCGUGGAGAACUCUCGGCUCGGUAUAUCGAGGAGGAGUGGUCGGUGGUCCCUACCGUCUCCCCUCAGCAAGACAACGGGAGCGACUGCGGUGUUUUCCUAUUGUCAACUGCGAAGGCCGUUUCUAUCGGAAUUGAGCCGUUGUCCUACGGGGCGAGAGACAUUCCGCUUCUGCGGCGGAAGAUCGUGGUUGAGCUGAUGGCCGGCGGCCUUGAUGGGGACUUCAAGCCCGAGGGUGAGACGGGUGAGGUGUUGAUGUGAGCUCAUUAAAGAAAGGAAGAAAGAGUGGGAACAAACCGCGAAUGAUCAAGAAGAAAAAGAAGUUCUGGUUGAGUUGAUCUAAAUUCUUCACUUUACCUCUGUUGUCUGUUGGAGUCGUGAGGGUUGAGCAUUGGACGGUGAUCUGAUUUGCAUGGAGCGUGGGUUUAUAUAAAUUUAUACACAUCGAGGGAGCAUCGGGAUAGCAUUUACAGGAAGAGGCGUUUAUAUGUGUUGUUCGUGUUGUUUUUGCUGGACGGUGCAUGUGCUGUUUGAUAUUUGAUACUUGAUAUAUUUGAAACUUGAUACCCAGUCAGUCGAGCCCUCGACAUGAGCAUUGCAAUCUUUCGA